GACACGAUAACCGGAUUUCUGCUGGCCGGAGUGGGUCACAUGGACGUGCGGCGACGGAAGAACUAUCUCGUCGUCGACUCCAAGACCCCUGUGCGACAGAUCGAGGAGUCGUUUAAAGAGUUCAGCAAUAGGGAGGACGUCGCCGUCAUUCUUAUAAGCCAAUAUAUCGCCAACAUGAUUCGGUACAGCAUCGACAGCUACAACAAGCCCAUACCCGCCGUGUUGGAGAUCCCCAGCAAGGAGCAUCCGUACGACCCCAACCAGGACUCCAUUCUCUCGCGCGUCAAGCACAUGUUUGCUUCGUCUGAGUCCGUUUCUGACUCCAGGGUCUGA